AUGGCUAACGACUAUGUUUCCUCUGUUCUGAAAUGUCUGCUUCUGUUUCUUCAACUUGUCUUCUUGAUUCAGAAUGCUGAUUCUGCCUCUAUCGUCAAGUAUCUUCCGGGUUUUGAUGGCCCUCUCCCCUUUGAGCUCGAAACCGGGUACAUUGGUAUUGGUGAAAAGGAGGAAGUGCAGUCGUUCUACUACUUUAUCAAGUCUGAGAGGAACCCUGAAGAAGACCCUGUUCUUCUCUGGCUAAGUGGUGGACCUGGCUGCUCUGCUAUCUCUGGUCUUCUACUGGAGAAUGGGCCUCUGGCUAUGAAGCUUGAUGUUUACAAUGGAACCGUCCCUCCAUUGGUCUCUACUACAUACUCAUGGACAAAGACUUCAAGCAUAUUAUACUUGGAUCAGCCUGUUGGAACUGGCUUCUCCUAUUCAAGAACCCAUCUUGUUAACAAACCCAGUGAUUCAGGAGAGGCCAAACGGAUCCAUGAGUUUCUUCAAAAGUGGCUAGGCAAGCAUCAAGAGUUUUCCUCCAACCCAUUCUACGCCGGAGGUGAUUCUUAUUCCGGUAAGAUUGUUCCGGCUCUCGUUCAAGAAAUCUCAAAAGGAAAUUACCAGUGUUGCAAUCCUCCGAUAAAUCUUCAGGGCUACGUGCUCGGUAACCCAGUAACAGAGCGUAAAAUUGAUGAUAACCAUCGUAUUCCGUAUGCUCAUGGUAUGGCGCUUAUCUCUGAUGAGCUCUACGAGUCGCUGAAAAGAAUAUGCAAAGGAGAAUAUACAUAUGUUGAUCCACUUAACACAAAAUGCUUGGAACUCAUUGACGAAUAUCAUAAGUGUAUAGAUGGAUUGAACCUAUAUAGUAUACUACAACCUUGGUGCAAAACUGAGAAUCCAGAUUGCUAUUAUUAUCGCUGUUUGUUAGUUACAUACUGGGCCAAUGACAAAACCGUUCGCAAAGCUCUUCAAAUCAAUGGGGAGAGUAUAGGGGAAUGGGUACGAUGUAGAUAUGGUAUUCCUUACACAUAUGACAUUAUAAGCAGCGUACCAUACCAUAAGAAUAACAGUAUCAAUGGAUAUCCUUCUCUCAUCUUCAGUGGUGAUCACGAUAUGGCAGUGCCUUACCUUGGAACCCAAGCUUGGAUAAGGUCUCUCAACUAUUCUAUUAUCGAUGACUGGAGGCCAUGGAUGAUCAACGAUCAAAUCGCUGGAUACACAAGGACUUAUGCAAAUAAAAUGACAUUUGCUACUGUCAAAGGAGGUGGGCACACGCCAGAGUACAAACCAGAUGAAAGCUCUAUCAUGUUCCAAAGGUGGAUUAAUGGCCAACCUCUAUAAAAGAGGAAAUUAAUUAUGAUUUUAAUAUUCUAUCAAAGCGUGUACAUAGUACAUACUCUUUAGUACACACAUUCUCCAAAUAUAUAAGAGCACUUGGCCUUUUAAGUGACUUGAAAUAAAACUCAUAAUUUGUUAAUUUACUUUGUAAACAACUACAUGAAUGUUGCCUUUCAAGAUUGCUACAUUUGCCUUA